GCUGAGGGAAAAAGGGCAGGAAAAUGUGAGGGAAAGGGAAGGGGAGGAGCUGACAAAGCUGCAGAAGGUGAGGGGAAAUGGGUGAUGAAAACGAAGUGUAAGGACACAAGAGAGAAAAAGUGUGAAAAGGGGACUGGAAAGGGAAUGGGUGACAGAAAAUGGAGCAAGAGGGGAAAGGACUGGAGAGGGAAAGGAAGGACAGAGAUGGAAGGGACAGGCAGAAGGAACUGGAGGAAGGAGGCAGCAGAACUGGGGGGAACUGGGGAGAAGAAAGGAGGAGGGAGGAAAUGGUGAAACGUGACAGAAAAUGUGGGGCUGAGGGUGGGAAAAGGGGAACGAAGAAGAUGACAAGGGGACAGGAGGGGACAAAGCAGCGCCCACCAUCAUCAUCCCCCGUGUCGCCCAUGUUCCCUCCCAUGUACCCCUAUGUCCCCACCGUGUCCCUCCAGGCUGCAGUGAUGGACAUGGACCCACUCAGCGAGGGGCUCUACGGGCGAGACCCCCUGAGACCACCGUGUGUGUCCGUGUCCCCCCGUCCCAGGGACAAGGUGCUCCCAGGUGUCCUUAAGGGACACAGUGUCCCUGUGUCCUGCCCAGUUCCCCCCUCAGGUCCCCCUGGGGGGAACCCACGGUUGGAGGUGGUGCUGAGGCAGAUCCACAGCCUGAAGAAAGUCCGUCAGGCCAUGGCGCAGGAGCUGCUGAAGGCACAAGACCGCAGUGAGGGGUUGCGCCAGAACCUGGAGCAGCUGGAGCAGCACGAAGAGGCGCUGGAGGGGCUCUGGAAGCAGGCCCAGGAGUCACUGUGGAGAGCGCAGCUGCAGGGGAAGGAUGUGGAGGCCAAAGGUCAGAGGCACAGGAGGCUCUGCCUGGAGCAGCAGCAGGACCUGGAAGGGACAGAGCAGCAGUGGGAGCAGCUCCGACACCUGCGCCGGGGACACAGGUGGGAGUACUGCCAGCAGCUCGAGGCCAUCACGGAGGAGCUCAAGCACAUGUGGGACAUGCACACCCCAGCCCACCUGGAGGCUGAACUGAUGCACCUGGAGAAGAUGCGGGAGAAGUGGCUGAGCUGGGAGCGCUGCCUGACGGAGGCCGAGGAGCACCUGGGAGCAGAGGUCCCCGUGGUCAUGGGAUUGGUGCGGCAGGAGCAGGAGGGGGCGGAGCAACGUCUGGAGGUGGAGCUGAGCCGGCGGCAGCUGAGCCUGCAGAGCCGAGACAGGUUGGCAGAGGAGCUGCAGGAGCUGCAGCGCCCCCUGGAGGCUCCGCCAGAGUGACGGGGGACGAGACGGAUGGGACGCGGGGGACACCUGUGCCACCCCCUGUGCCACCUGUGUGCCACCUGUGCCACUCCUGUGUCACCUGUAUGCCACCUGUGC